CAAACAAAGUUUCACAUUGUCAUCCAUCUGUUAGCCGAUAAUAUACAAGUAUACAAGAAAAGCAAAAUAAAAUGAGCUCCCGAAUAAAUCUUCUUAAUAGUGAGAGUGGGACGCUAAAUUUCCUUAAUACUAUAAAUAUCCACUCCAUUUAUCCAAAGUUCAAACCUCACCCAAUAAAUAUCCAACAAUGGCAGAUCCUUAUGAAUUCCUAAUGUGCAUUCACGAUCCUGAAGAAGAUACCCUAACAAGAAAUUUUCCAAUUCCUGCUACUCCCUUAGAUCAAAACACCAAAGACAUUUCUUUAAAUCUUGAUAGGAAAACCUCACUUCGAAUCUUUCGACCCCCAACCGAAGAAUUUUGUGUAACAACAAAUAAGUUGCUUCCUAUCAUAAUUUACUUCCAUGGUGGAGGUUUCGUUCUUUUCAAUGCAGAUUCAACUAUAAACCACGAUUUUUGUCAAUCGAUUGCUACACAUUUACCCGCGCUGGUCGUUUCUGUAGACUACCGUCUUGCUCCUGAAAACCGACUUCCCGCUGCCUAUGAUGAUGCUGUUGAUGCUUUAAACUGGGUCAAAGACCAAGGUUUAGGCAAACUAAAUAAUAGUGAAGUAUGGUUAAAAGAGUAUGGUGACUUCUCAAAAUGUUUCAUUAUGGGGUGCAGCUCGGGUGGUAAUAUUGCAUAUCAUGCCAGUUUGAGAGCAAUAGAAAUGGAUCUUGAACCAGUUAUAAUUAAUGGAUUAAUAUUACACAGCCCUUUUUUUGGUAGUCUUCAGAGAACUGAAUCAGAUUUAAAAGUGAUCAACGAUCAAGACUUGCCGCUUGCGGUAAGGGAUGUCAUGUGGGAACUGGCUUUGCCGCUUGGGUCUAGUCGUGACCACGUUUAUUGUAAUCCAAAUAUUGCCAACGAUGGAUCAUCAUCCGGAAAUAUGGCUGGGUUAAUCAAAAGAUGUUUGGUGAUAGGAUUUUAUGGGGAUCCACUUAUUGAUCGACAAAUUCAGCUCGUGAAGAUGUUGGAGGAAAAGGGUGUGAAGGUUGAAACUUGGAUUGAACAAGAAGGCUAUCAUGGAGUACCAUGCUUUGACCCUAAGAUACGUGAAACGUUGUUGGGAAAAAUAAAAUAUUUUAUUUGAUUCAGUUUAUCUUAUAUUAUUACUAAUAAACAACGAAUUAUACGAAAGCUUUCGGAAAACGUUUUCAGAUGUGGCUAAUAAACAACGUUGUACGUGAAAAUGUGGCUAAUAAACAACGAAUUACUAAUAAACAACGUUGCACGUGAGCUUGUUGAUGUAAUUUCUCGCUUCACCUUUCUUUUUUCCAAUUUUUUUUCGCGUUUAUUUCUUUUUAAAACUGUUGUUGCUUUGUGUCUUAUUUCCUGUUUUUGAUUCUACGCUCUCCAUUAAUAAAU